GAGCAGAUCGCAGCCAAGCCAGGAGCGGAGGGAGAGAGAGAGAGCGAGAGAGAGAGAGCGAGAGAGAGAGAGAGAGAGAGAGAGAGAGAGGAAGGAAAAGUUUGCCAAAUGGAUUUCUUAGCUGGAGUUAGACCUUUAUUAUUUUCAUAUGUACUCAUUAAUGGUAUACUAAUUACAUUACAGACUAAGGAAGAGGUGCUUUUGGACAUGAGGGCAACAGGAGGUGAACUGGGCUGGCUGACAUGGCCCUUAGAUCAAGGAGACAAGUCCGGGUGGGAGGUCGUUCAGAGGACCCUGAAUGGCUCUCAGCUCUAUACCUACUCUGUCUGCAAUGUUGGAGAACGUGACCAGGACAACUGGCUGCGAACCACUUUCAUCCAGCGGCGUCCAUCGGCUUCACGGGUUUUUGUCGAACUCCAGUUUAUCGUACGUGACUGCAACUCUUUUGAUGGCGCCUCGCUGACCUGCAAGGAAACCUUCAACCUCUUCACAUCUGAGUCAGAUGCAGAUGUGGGCACUACCUUCCGCAAGGGCCAGUUUAAGAAAGUUGCCACCAUAGCGCCUGAUGAGAUCACCAGCAAAAAUGAACUGCGCAUCAACACUGAGACAAGAGUGGUGGAGAACCUGUCUCAUAAAGGCUUCUACUUGGCUUUUCAAGACAUUGGAGCCUGCAUUGCUCUUCUCUCUGUUAGGGUCUACUACAAAACUUGCCCAGCCACAGUGAAGAGUCUUGCGUCCUUCCCUGAGACCGUGGCCGGAGGUGAGAACCAGGCACUGAGGGAAGUGAGCGGGGUGUGUGUGGAUAAUGCCAUCAGCGAGCAGCUGCCUCGCAUCUACUGCACUGUGGAUGGGGAGUGGGUGGUACUAGUUGGACACUGCCAGUGCAAACCAGGCUAUGAAGAAGUCAAAGAUUCGUGUCAAGAAUGUCAGGCAGGCUUCUUCAAAGCAGCAGCAUCCGGUGAGAAGUGUGAGCCGUGCCCUGACAACACCCAGAGGCUGACCUCUGGAGCAUUGCUUUGUGAAUGCAUGGAUGGCUUCUACCGGGCCCCAACUGACCCCCCUACUGGACCCUGCUCUGGCCUCCCCUCUGCCCCACAAGACCUUGUGGCCACCACCACCACCUCUGGAAAACUCCUCCUCUCCUGGAGCCCGCCUGAAGACACUGGUGGUCGAAGCGACAUCACAUACAGUAUUGAGUGCCAGCGCUGUGAAGGAACUGUGUGCCAGUCCUGUGGAGAGAAAAUCCGGUAUGAGCCGGCCAGCACAGGCCUGACUGACACCAAGGUUUUAGUGAGCGAGUUGGAUGCUCACCUCAACUACACCUUCACUGUGGAGGCACAUAGCGGUGUGUCGCUGUUCUCUAAUAGGCCACCAUCCACCAGUGCUCUGACUACUUCUCUGCUCUACACAGAUCCCCCCAAGAUUACCACGAUGCGAUUGGUUGAGAGAACCUCCACAAGCUUGUCCCUCUCCUGGGAUGUAUCCCCUAGACCACGGGUCCAAUCCCGGCCAAUCCGCUAUGAACUUACCUACCGCAAGAAGGAUGAUAAUCUGGAUGUGACUACGUAUGUCGUGCUCAAACUUGAGAAGAAUUCUGUACAGAUCAGUGAGCUGGCCCCAGGCACAGCCUACCUGUUCAGAGUGCAAGCCCUCACCAGUGACGGCAGCCCUCCAGGCUCCAGCAUAGAGGAACAGUUUGAGACCUUGAUUGAAGUGCACCCUCACAACAACACAGCAGUCAUCUUUGGCGCAGCAGUUGGAGGAGCAGCCAUGUUGUUCAUGGUGGUCGUGGUCCUGUUCCUACGCAGACGGAAAAGAAACUCUCAUACCCGGCAAGGACCAGAGGACACCUACUUUUCCAGCUCAGAGCAACUGAAGCCUCUGAAGACCUAUGUGGAUCCACACACAUAUGAGGACCCCAACACAGCCAUCCUGAAGUUUGCCACUGAAAUCCACCCUAGCCACAUAACCAAACAGAAAGUGAUUGGAGCUGGGGAGUUUGGCGAGGUGUAUCGUGGCAUUCUGAAGGUGCCGGGGAGGAAAGAGGUGGCAGUAGCUAUUAAGACCCUGAAGCCCGGGUACACAGAGAAACAGAGGCAGGACUUUCUAAGUGAGGCCUCCAUCAUGGGCCAAUUCUCCCACCAGAACAUUAUUCGCCUAGAAGGGGUCAUCACCAAAUUCAAACAUGCCAUGAUUGUGACUGAAUACAUGGAGAAUGGAGCACUGGACAGGUACCUUAAGGAUCACGAUGGUGAGUUUGCCUCCUUUCAGCUGGUGGGCAUGCUGCGUGGCAUUGCUGCAGGCAUGAAAUACCUCUCUGACAUGAGCUAUGUUCACCGUGACCUUGCUGCCCGCAACAUCCUCGUCAACAACACCCUGGAGUGUAAAGUGUCAGAUUUUGGCCUGUCUCGGGUGCUGGAGGAUGAUCCUGAGGGAACAUACACCACAAGUGGAGGCAAGAUCCCCAUUCGCUGGACAGCUCCAGAGGCAAUAGCAUAUAGAAAGUUCACCUCAGCUAGCGAUGUGUGGAGUUUUGGCAUCGUCAUGUGGGAGGUGAUGGCCUUUGGCGAAAGGCCUUACUGGGACAUGAGUAACCAUGAAGUGAUGAAGGCUAUCAAUGAGGCUUUCAGGCUACCGGCACCGAUGGACUGUCCCUCAGCUGUUUACCAGCUCAUGUUGCAGUGCUGGCUCCAGGAUCGCUCCAAGAGGCCACGCUUUGGAGACAUCGUGAACCUGCUGGACAAGCUGCUGCGAAGCCCAGACUCUCUGAAGCCAAUCGCAGACUUUGACCCACGCGUAUCUAUCCGCCUGCCAAGCACCAGUGGCUCAGAUGGUUCCCCCUUCAGGUCAGUGUCUGAGUGGCUGGAGUCCAUCAAGAUGAGUCAAUACAUUGAGAACUUCACCUGUGCUGGGGUCGUCACCAUGGACCAGGUCCUGCAGAUGAAGAACGAGGAUAUUAAGAACAUCGGGGUGAGGCUGCCUGGCCAUUUGAAAAGAAUUGCCUACAGCAUCUUGGGUUUAAAAGACCAAACCAGCACCUUGAGUGUGUUUGCAGUGUGAUUAUGACAACAAAGGGAAUUAAAUUCGGGCACUGAAACAGGCAGCCCUUUGAACUCUAAGCUGAGCUGGAGCAAAACUGCAUGGACGGCUUUGGAUCGGCAGGACCAACAGAACUGUGCCAUCCUUUGGGGCCGACUGAAUCAGACUGACUUACUGUACAUUUUUGAUUUCUUCAUCUUAUCCACACAGGAACUGAGAAAAUAUACAACAAUACAAUAGAUGUAUCAAGUAGACUCUGUAUAUUUAGAUGUCUAUUUUUAUUAUCCAUGUCUUCUGUACAGAUACAAUUCAUUGCUCAUGCAUUUAUUUUUUUUUCUUCAUUUUGCAUUCCUUCUUCAUAAAAUUCAACAAUCAAGCCAGGUCUGGGAACGACUUCAGAAUUGCACCAUGAUUUUGUUGUAGCAAUUAUUAAACAAACAAGGGAAGCACAGUAAGUGUGAUCGUAUGGGACAAUGAAGUCCAGCAAUGGCUCAGGUUGGGGUUGGUGCUGAUGUCAUGGCAUCUUCCUUUAAUUGGCACUUUGGCCCAUUUACUGGACCAAUAAGGAUGGAGUGUCGAGAGGGCUGGAACGAGCUUGAGUUGGCCAAGCUAAGUUGAAGAGAUGGUGUUGUUCAGGUGUAUAAACACAGAUGGACUUGGUGUGUUUUCUGGCCUUCUGCUGGCUUUGUGCCAUAAUUAAGCUAUCAUCAUAUAAGUGAUGUUAUAUGAAAAGAGAAGAGAUAUAUGAGGUACUGUGUGUGUACAGGUUAACUUGUUUUUUUUUCUUAACAUUUGGGCAAUUACCAAAAAACAUUGGGAUGGAAACUAAUGUAGCACUUGGAUCUGAGAAUCUCAUUAUCGUGCUUUUUCUCAGAAAGGACUUUUAUACACAAAAUCCUGAACAAAAUGAUACUGAAGUGAGAAAGCAUGUGAAUUCGAUCACAAUGCAAUUCAACUGUAUGUAGCGUGCCUGUAAUGAGGAGUGAGAGGGUGCAGUUUGGCAAAAUGCAAGUGCCCUGAAAAAAAAGAUUUCAUUAUGAUGAGUCACGUAUUGCUUGAGAUGUUUUCAUACUUAGAAUUAAUUUGGUUUGCAAUUUCAAUGUCUCAAUUAGUUUUUGCAGAAGCCACACAAAUAUUCAUUCAUAUUUCUGUUGGUUUGAUGUUGACGGGAUGAAAUUAUAUGCUUUGACAAUUUAGAGCUCGACUUGUUGAAAGUUUUAACAUUUUAAAGUGCCUGUUUGUGGAACAUUAGCAGGAGUUUGCUUCUGUCUGCUUUAACGGAGCAGCUCUGCAGUGUAGUGGGAAGUGUGUGUGGACAGUUCCCCCAGGGCUCUCAGUUGAUGACUGCAAAUCAUUGUGUUACUGAUGUACACCUUCCUUUACUUGAAUUUUUACUGUAUUUUCAAAUGUAUCUAUGAUUCUGUUGUAGCUGAUAGAUCCAUCUUUGGAAAAGGGAUUUUUAUAAUUCUUACUCUGGUUUACUGGUUGCAAUUACAUUUAAAUACAUUUUGUAUGAUUUCACUGUUUACCAUAUUACCAAACUGAUUAUUUUUCUAAGUACAGAUCAUUUUCCAAAGCAACAUCUCCUACUUUUGCUGGCUUUCCAAACAUUUUGAAAGUUCCUUCAGCAAGUCCUUCCUUUUUGCUUGUUGUUUUAUACUGUAUUUAAUAGCUUAUUUAUUUUUUACUUUUAUUUAUUUAUACUGAUAAACACUGAGCUGGAAUUAUAAUUGAAGGUUGUUCACUUGUUCUCAACAAUAAAAAAAACCUCUAAUGUCCUGCUUUUAUUCCUGAUUUAUUCAAACCUGAGAUUGUCUUCCUUGCAUUUGUGGAGUAAUAAAGUCUUAAAUUGAA